AAGUCGGUUUUGAGAGAGAGAGAGAGAGUAAUUAGAAAAGAAAUGGUCACCUCGUCAACACCAGAAGUUUGAACGUUCAACUCCCCCAAUGACCCCACGAAUCUCAAAAAGCUGCAAUCCAUUUUCCCCAAUUCCGAAGCCCUAAAUUAUACGUACAGCAUCUUCUAUUCUACGCAUUUUCCAGUGACCAAACCCUCAACGAUGGCUGCGACGACGGAAGGGAAAGAUAAGGUAUUGGCCACUGCGCAGCGCAUCGUACAGAGCCUCCAUAACACUUCCGACACCGAUGAUAUGCUUCUUAUCCUCUCGGCGUUCGAUAACCGUCUAUCCACGCUAUCCUCUUUUGUAUCGUCGGAUGACCCUUCAUCGGGUGCCCAAAAGUCUGCCGCCUCCGCCGUGUACCUCCGCUUCGAGGCUGCGGAGCAGAUCGUUUUGAACGAGGCGGAUUCGUCGUCUUUAACCGAUGAUUACCUUGCCGCCGUUGAUGUGUUAAUUCAAUCGACCGAGGAAUUGAAUUUGAAUGAUCGAGAUGGGGAACUUCAGGCUGGGGUCCAAGCGGCUGGCGCCAGAUGUGACGUCAUGGACCGGGCGGAGAACGCGUUGCAUGUGACAAUGACGCGUCUGGAGGAUGAGUUUCGGCACAUUCUCAUCCGAAACACGGUGCCUCUGGACCCGGAGCGGGUCCGCCGCUCUUCUCAUUCCUCGUCAACCGUUGCCAUUGCGGCCCCUCUUUUUUUUGACGAUUAUUUGACCGAAAGCCUGGAUGAUGUAAGUAGUGGGCGGUGCAGCCACCACGGCCGUGGCCGGGGAGUGAGUUUUGGGGGAGAUGAUGUGUCCCUGGAUUUGAUAAACGAGGAUGCUGUAAUUGAUUUGAGACAGAUUGCGGAUCGCAUGAUCCGAUCGGGAUAUGAAAAGGAAUGCUGCCAGGUCUAUUGUACUGUCCGCCGCGAUGUUCUUGAUGAAUGUAUGGUGAUUCUCGGGGUAGAAAAAUUGAGCAUUGAGGAGGUCCAGAGGGUUGAGUGGCGUUUGCUGGAUGAUAAAAUUAAGAAAUGGAUUCAAGCAGUUAAAGUAAUUGCUCGGUCUCUUUUGCCGAGUGAAAAAGACCUCUGUGAGCAGAUAUUUACUGGGUCUGAUUUGAUUAAGGAAGUUUGCUUUUUGGAGACAGCAAAGGCCUGCGUAAUGCAGUUGUUGAAUUUUGGAGAGGCUGUCGCCAUUGGGAGGAGGUCCUCAGAGAAACUGUUUAGGAUUCUCGACAUGUAUGAUGCUUUGGCGGGGGUUUUGCCAGACCUGCAGUCACUAUUUAUGGACGAAGAGGCAGGUGACAUGGUAUGUAGCGAGGCCAAAGGUGUGCUGGAUAGUUUGGGUGAGGCUGCCAUUGGGACAUUUGUGGAGUUUGAGAAUGCAGUUCAGGCAGAGUCUUCUAGGAAGACAUUGCAGAAUGGUGAAAUUCACCCACUCACUCGAUAUGUUAUGAAUUAUGUUAAGCUGCUAUUGGAUUAUAGUGAUACUCUCAAUGCAAUUUUGGAGAAUGCAGAGGAUGAGUUACGACGGGUGGAGAGCGGGAACUCUGACAAUUCAGAGAUGAAAAGCAUGUCCCUGAUAGGUCAGCGCCUGCUGGCAUUGACUCAGUCUUUGGAAUCAAAUCUUGAAGAGAAAUCGAGAAUGUAUGAGGGUACAGCAAUGCAGUAUAUAUUUUUAUUGAAUAAUAUACUGUAUAUCGUACAGAAAGUGAAAGAUUCGGAGCUUCGAAACCUUUUGGGAGACAACUGGAUUAAAAGGCGACGGGGUCAGAUUCGACAGCAUGCUACACAAUAUCUCAGGGCAUCAUGGAGCAAGGCCUUAUCUUGCUUAAAGGAUGAAGGAAUUGGGGGGAGUUCAAGUAAUGCAUCAAAGGUAGCUUUGAAGGAUAGGUUUAAGAAUUUUAAUGCAUGCUUUGAAGAUAUCUAUAGGAUUCAGACGGCUUGGAAGGUCCCAGAUCCUCAACUUCGUGAAGAGCUCCGGUUAUCCAUUUCGGAAAAAGUGUUACCAGCUUAUCGCUCAUUUCUGGGUAGGUUUGGAAGUCAUCUAGAAAGUGGGAGAAAUGCUGGUAAAUACAUCAAAUACACUUCAGAAGAUUUAGAGAAUUAUUUGUUGGAUCUAUUUGAAGGGACACCCCUUAUUCUGCACCAUAUGAGACGAAAAAGUACUUAGAAUGCAAGAUUGGAAACCGGUUCCUCUUUUAUAUUCACUUAUGUCGGAUGUUAUAUGUCAUAUCCUGUAGAACUGUGGAGGCUUCAUGGAAGUCCAAUUAGUGAGUUUAGUUUGAUUAGCAGAAUGAUGCUAGUCUAAACUUUGUUUUCUUUCAUGGUGAGGUCUACCACCUAUUGUACCGACGGGGGCGUUGUAUGUGUAUAGCUGGAGUUUUUUUUCCCCCUCGGAGAUUGAUGUUAUUUUCUCUUUGCAAAUGUAUAAUCGUUUCUGCUCUUUUUUUGACUUGUUUUUUAUGAGGAAUAACAUCAAGUGAUAAGGUAAACUGCUUUUGUUUGUAGAUAUCUUUCAUUACAAAAUUCUGAUUUACAAAUAUCAGGUGUAAUCUAUGAAAUCUUAAUAUACUUCAUGGUUUGACUUUGAUAA